AUGCCGCUGGCGUGGAGUUCGGGAAUUGCAUUAGCGCGGCGGCCGCAACACGCAGUACGCGUAGUCUCGGAGACGGUGUGGAACGUUCGCGCGAGUUGUUGGCAUUGUGGUGACCGACUCGAGGAGCGAGCAAGAGCUCGCGAGAGGAAUCGACAAUGAGUGGGGAACCGGUGGACGACGGUCUCGUCCGAGUGUGGUGCGACGGAUGCUACGACAUGGUGCAUUUCGGGCAUGCCAAUCAACUCCGUCAGGCCAAGGCGAUGGGCGACUACCUGGUCGUGGGAGUCCACACUGAUGAGGAGAUCAAGAACCACAAGGGACCACCCGUGUUCACCGAGCAGGAGAGAUACAAGAUGGUUCGUGCCAUCAAGUGGGUUGACGAGGUCGUCGAGGGUGCACCCUACAUCACGACUUUAGAAACCUUGGACAAGUACAAGUGCAACUUCUGUGUUCAUGGAGAUGACAUCACGUUGGAUGCGUCUGGAGAAGACACCUACCGCUACGUCAAAGAGAGUGGUCGUUACAAAGAGUGCAAACGGACAGCAGGAAUUUCAACCACAGAUCUUGUUGGCCGCAUGCUGCUGAUGACCAAGCAACAUCACCACAGAGGUGCGAAGGAGUAUGGCGUGGACAAGGAACAUGCAGGCAACAUCAGCAAGUUCUCUGGUUUUGAUGAAGGUCUAACCACAGCCUGCAUCAAUGGAAACGGCGACUCCACGACGCAUAGCCCGUGGACCGGAAUCUCCCAGUUUCUGCCGACGACGCAGAAAAUCAUACAGUUUGCCGAGGGCAAGGAGCCAAAGAGCACAGAUCGCAUUGUUUACGUGGCAGGAGCCUUUGACCUUUUUCAUGUGGGCUACUUGGAUUUCUUGGAGAAGGCCAAGGCCGAGGGUGACUACCUCAUCGUCGGGCUCCACACAGACCCUGUGGUGAACAGGUACAAAGGUUACAACUACCCCAUCAUGAACCUCCACGAGCGUGUUCUGAGCGUCUUGGCUUGCAAGUAUGUCAACGAAGUGGUCAUAGGAGCUCCUUACUCGGUCACUACAGACCUCAUGGAGCAUUUCCGUGUUCACGUGGUCUGCCAUGGGAAGACUCCGAUCAUGCAAGAUGUGGAUGGCAGUGACCCCUAUGCUGAGCCCAAGCGUGUUGGCAAGUUCAAGAUACUGGACAGCAAAAACAAGCUCACAACACACGACCUGGUGCAGCGCAUCAUACGGAAUCGGCUGCAGUACGAGAAUCGCAACUAUGAGAAAGAACGCAAGGAGAUGGCUGUCUACGACGCUUGGCUCCUGAGUCAGCAAAACAACCACGUGGGGAACAACAACAUUGGCGAAUGAGGACUUGAAAAACGUGUCGCACAGCAGACAGACGUAUUCCCAGAGACGAUAGGAAGCCGAUGCAGACGAUGCACAGCUGAAUGCUUGCAGGCUUUGUGUCACAACUUUGGUGCAAUCUGGUGCAGAGCGAUAUGGGCACAACUGUUAAUAUGGUGGGGAGGACCCUGUUUUAGAGGACCUAGAGAGUGCAACGGUUAUCUGAAAGUGCGAUGUGCCGACAGCGUAUGUGUUUGUCGUCUGCUAGCUGUAAACGGCAGAAGGUGUGCUGACAGCGCGUGUGUUUGUUAUCUGCUAGCUGUAAACAGCUCCAGCAAGCCUCACACUGUGCUCGGGGAAUACAUGCAUAUGUUAAACUAAGGUCGUUGUUUUGCCGCCAUUUUUCUCUGCGGCCAAAUAUCAGUGUGCAACGCACAAGACAUUUAUUCAUCAUGCACUAUGUCCAUUUCUGGGUUUGUAUAUUCUGGAUAAGUCAUUGCCACUAAUUGGGACUCAGUAUUACGCAAAAAAAAAGCCAUUUGCUAUUGUCCAGUUGUAAAACACUGAAAGAAAAUUGUUGCACAUCUUGAAGAGCACUUGCUGCUGAUGACUUUCUCUUUUAUUUAUUUAUUCGGUCAAGGAAGGUGUCUGCAAGAGUGAACUUGAAAAGAUUGCUCUUAAUAAUGUGUUAUUUGUCAACUACAAGCACAAUGUGCCUAAGAGACUGCACAUUCUAAUUUGGUCACGAAAGGUCACAGAAGGCAGCAGUCAUUUCUUUUCACAAGUAAGCUGUACGUAAACAUGCACGCUACAGAGCAGAUGAAAAAGCGCAGAGUUGCAGUCGCUGCAUUUCAGCACGCCCUUUGGCAUGGUUCACUGCAGCGUGAAAUUAACUUUAUCAGUACCGAGGCAGAAUGAGGGCUGUGUUGUAAAUAGCUUCCAACUCCCACGUUUCUUUUAUCAGCGAUGGUUGAAGUAGGUUUUGUGGCCUUGGCACUCUUUCUCAUUGCGUAAAGCAAGCGAACCCUUGGGCACAGGUGACUUGCUUGGAAGCUGUAUCACGUACUUGCUUGUGCAAGCCAUCACUGUUAUGCAUAGUGUCUGAGGGCGUGUUGUUAUAUAUUACCUUCAAAAGCAUAGACAAGCAGGUUCAACUGCCGAAGGAAUGCUAGACUAGUCUUGCCCUGCAGCUACGAGCAGCACUUUUGCUGGACCUGUGUCACGUGUGUACCUGCACCUUUUGUAUGUACAUAGAAAACGCCAUCCUAGAAACAGUGUGGUUCCCCGAGCAGGCCUUCCCGAGUUCUCCCUAUCCAAGCUCGAAGCUUUCGGCUUUCUUUUCAACACAGGCUGUCUGUAUGCUCAUCAAUCAGCAUCACUUUUACAGAGUGCACAUUCAUUCUCCCCAACGUUUCGUCGAUUUUAUGGAUGCCAUCAUCUUGCACUGCUUUCUGAAUUUAAGCCCGCUUACUUUUUAACGUUGUACGUGGUGCGACACAUUGUGUUUUCUGUGGGAACAAUUUGACUUGGAAGUAUCCAUGCAUCGUGAGAUUUUUGUUACACACACACACUGCCGUUAUACAUUAACAAUUAACACAUAUUCAGUGCAGGUCUCGAAAGCGGGGCUCUGGACCUUUUUGCUAAAAUUUUCUACUGUCCGUUGCAUCACGAUUCAUCUGAUCUUCCAAGACCUGAAUGCCUUCUGUACCUGUGGCAUCAGCUUAGGAGCGUGACCCGAAUCGUCUGCAAAAUCUUGUUUCAGCAACUCUUGAGCAUGGCUGUGUAUUUCUUCCAAUUGUUCAGAUGUGACAGUUGUUAAAUGUGUCAUCCUAGUGGUCUACAAUGCGUGCUGAAAUAUGACGGGGUACAGGAACGUGCAGAUUGCAUUCAACUUGUACUUUGCCCCUUUCUUUUUCUUCACCUUCUGAUGACUAGCGCAAGAUGGCUUGAAAUUCUUCUAAUUCACAACAGUCUGAGCAGCGGCUGUAUCGUCUUUCUCAUUCUAGCAACGUCCAGGCCCAUAGUUGUUUUUCCAGUAUCUCAUCAGCUAGCUGCCAAAGACGAACUCGUAGAGCACGUUUAGCAGUUCUAUUUUUUUGUGAGCUGCGUGGUUCAGACAUUAGCGUCGCUAGUCAUUGGAAAGACAACUUGCAGUAUGUUUUGCAGUGGUUGUUUGUGUGAUCAGAAGAUUGCCUUAUUUACAUUGGUGUGUCUAUAGGAUGCAUGCGGGUGUGAAAGGUGAAACUUUUCGUGCUCUUGCAUGCACCUUUUUGUUUUUUGGCUUCUGUACUUGUAAUAUAUUUAUUUGUGCGUGUCAAGUUUUAAUGUUGUUACACCCGUAUUCAGAAACGCAUCUUAACUUGAAACCCACGCUUGACUUGAUCAUGCCUCGCAUGAACGUGCCCAAGACGCUCAUUGUGUUUCCUUCAGCAGUUCAUGACAGGUGUCAUUUAAAUCAAGUCAAGCAUGGGCUUGACGUUAAGAUGCAUUUCUGAAUAUGGGGAUUAGUGCAUGAAGUGACCUGAUUGGUCACUCCGUGCGGGCAUUUUAAAAAGCUAUUUUAGAAGGUUUCGCUAUCUGCACUCUCGCAAUAUUUUGAGCCAAUACAGGUGCCAUUAAUAAAAUGCGGGCUUCUGUUGUGGAAAAA